AAAAUUUCCCAGUAGGCUUUGGUUUAAAUAACAAAAACAAUUGUCGUUACGAAUAAAAUAUUCCUAAUCUGUCCAAUUCGUCCUCACACUGCGUGCGGUGAACACUUCCUACAAUUCGCGAUAAUAAACGUUUCUGAGUAAUCGAUCCAGUAAUGCAGUCGAUCUGGAGAAUUCGCCGAGUAACUCCAUUGCAUCGUAUAAUGGCUCAUGGUGUCGAAGGAGUCCGGUUGGUCCCUUCUACCGUCCGCGAGGCAGCAUCCGACUGCGUUGUUAGUUAUUUCUAUGAGGGAGAUCUGAAGAAUAUUGUGGCUGCCGAGGUACAAGCUGGAGCAGUCUUGGCCGAACCUUCACCGCCCGAUUGGCCAGCCAAAAAGAAAACACCACUGCUGAAAACCCCGACAGAACCUGAUGAAACUCCCGUCUUGAACGUCGUGGAAGUCAAAGAACCCGACAUCACCGAUGAUGAACCACAAGAAGAAACUGUGGAGGAAGGCGCGGAUCAGCAAGUAGACCCACAGACAUCCAAAGUCUCUGGAUACCUCCACAAGAAAGGCAAACUUCGUUUGGUAUCAUCGUGGAAAAGGUAUUGGUUUGUGUUGGAGGGUCGGCUAUUAUUAUAUUACAGAUCAAAGGCUGAAUAUGACACGAUUAGCCCAUGCAAGGGAUCAAUCACAUUAGGUUCACCCUGCAACAUCAAACCGGGAUCUGCUUCCAACUGUGUGUUUCAAAUCGAGACGCGCAAUCAUACAAUUACCUUGCGUGCUGACACACGGGCUGAGCAGGACAAAUGGAUGCUUGCGAUUUUGGGCGCGCUCAAACAAACCUCGCAGACAACGCGAAUGUCACAUUUCCGGUAUUCGGCUGAUGACUUAGCUGUGCGCGCACUUGCAGAUAAGCCGCCUGUGCCUGCUCUCAUUCGACAAAACACGCUGCCUGAUCGAAUGGGUAACAAUUUCAAUAAACAAAUGCGAUCGAAAGAGAAGAAUGUGAAGACAAUGGUGGAACGUAUAGAGUCCAUCGGAGGGCAGAGCUACAUCCCAGUUGAAGGUUUAACUGCGGAGCAUCUAAAGGCAAGCAAGGCCAGCCCGAAGUUACCAAAGAAUAAUAACUUGAAGAAACUUCUGGAUAAGCAACUAUCGGAUAUUAGUGCAAAUAGUGACCAAGGUGAUUGGAUCAAGGAGGAUGAUUUGAACAUAGAGACUAUUGAAAAUGAUUUGUAUGCUACUUUUGAUCCUCCUCUGAAUGCGCCGAAAGACCCGCAUAUUUAUCAGGAAAUACCCAAUCAGGAGCAUGUGGAACCCGAGGUUAUUAUCGAGAAUCCAACGUAUGUGGAAUUAAACCAAAAGAAGAACAAUGUGGAGUAUUGGGAGCCAAUAUAUGACUCAACUACGCCGGAAUAUGAAGGAGAAACUGUGGAAGCAGUCGAAACGGUUGAACCUGUGUUACCACCAAGACCCAUUCCACAAGAAUCCGCAGAGGAGGAGGAAAAAAAUGAAAAAAAGGUCCGGAAACAAUCAAAAAUGACUAAACGUCGUAGUUUUGUUAUUAGAAUGUUCAAUCGUAUUAAACGCAAUGAAAAUUCUAAUAAAAAUGAAGCUAAAGAGAAGAAUAUUGAGAAACUUAGCACCACAGGUGAAAGUUCCGAGAAAGAAGUUACCGAAAACAGUCUUGAAGAAGAACCUGCUUCAGAGAAGACCACAGAAAUCAAUGAGCAUGAUCAAGGAGUAUGUAUACUCCCAGAUGUCAUUGAAGAACUCAAUGGACUUUUACACACAAAAGAAGAACAAGAAAAGGAAGAUAAAACUGACGAAGUGAAAGAAUCUGUUACCAGCGAGCCUGAGAAUGUCAAUAACAAUUCAGAACCAGUACCACCGCAGCUUGAGCAGCUUUCUGCGCUUCCACAACCACAAUUAUCGCUUAAACAGGAUGAAAAUGACCAGAUUGAAGAUGAAGAACCGAAUGAUAAUAAUAAUGCCCAUGAAGGUGAUAAGGAGGAUAUCAAUCACUCCGAUUUUGAUUACGACCUCUAUGAUCCAAGCCAACGCCUGAAUAUUCCACGUCCGAAGCUGAUCUGUAAGCCAAAACGACAGAAACGCUUGAAGGUGGCGUCGGAAGUGACGCUUCCGAUUGUGCGAUUCUAUGAACAGCAGAAUGAGUCUGAUGAAUUCCGGUUGAAAGACGAUAAUAAACUGAUGACGAUUGAUGAGAUUCUAGACGAUCUGGAGAAUCAUAAUUACGAACCAUUUUCCAGGCAGAAGGUGAAAGAACUGAUUGAGAAGUUUAAUGAUACUGAGCAUGAAACUGAUGAAGAUGGCAAGGAGGAAGAGCAGAUUCAUGUUCAGUUGCGACGUAAACGUGUCGAACAAACCGAGGAGUUGAAUAGUUUGUUGGAUGAAUUGAGUAAAGUUGCAAAUGCGCCGGUGUCGUCCCCAGAUAUGACGAAUUUAGAAGAUAAUGGGCCUUACACUGAAGAAGAAUGGAAAAAUAUUGUACCAAUCAGAAAACGCAGACUUUCUGACCCGGACUACGAUAUUCCUCGUCCACACAGCGCAUUGCAGAUAAUGCCGAACAGCGAGAAAGAAGAAACCAGAAUGCAGCCCACACGAUUCUUCGGGCCUGUUAUCAUCGAACAGAUUAAUGGUGACACCACUAGUUGUGGGACAAGUAUAACCCCAGACUCUUUGGAGGUAGACGUGCUCAGUUACCAGGCGAAGCAUUACACUCCUAGCAUUGAAGAAGAUCGCAGCAUGCGCUCGUAUACGUCGCAUAUUUAUGCCAGCAAUGAUUCACAUCUCAACAAUAAUUUCACACAUAAUAGUCAUAUCAAUCAGAAUCUAAAGGCCAACACUGGAGGCGAGUAUGGAACAGACCUAGAUCAGAAUAAAGAUGACACAGUGAUGAAACCGAAAUCACUAUCGGCUUUGAUCGUUUCGAAGGUUGAAAGUGAUCAGUCGUUCUAUCUAAAUGAAGAAAAUGAUAACAACAACAAUCAGAAACAGCUGGCUACUGCGCAAAUAGAAAAGGAUCAGAAGUUAGUCGCGCUGGCAGGACCAGUAGGCGAAGUCAUGUCAACUUCGGUGUGUUAUGAUUCACUGGAACCUUCCGCGGGCGAGGCAAUUCAAUAAAAUUAUGAAAUUCACGGAUCGAAAUCGAAAGACCAAAGACGUUAACCAAAUGUAAAAUAUUUUCUAAGUCUAUGUAAUAAUAAGGAAAUUGUAUUCUGAGUUUGUUUGUAUAUAGGAGAGAGUUUUCAAACAUAAUAAUAAUCAUAUAAAUGAACUGCA